GGCGGGCCGACCGCAUUAUAAAGCUCUGGUUGCUCUCUGGCUUUGCUUGUUGAGAUCACUGAACUUUCUUCGACAACUUCCACGUCCACAUUUACCUUCCACACCUACACUAGACCCACAGCUGAUCCGAUCCAACACAAAAUGUCUUCGACCGGCCACAAGUUUGAAGGGUGGCUCGGCCACGACUCGUCUGCGGCCGAGGGAAACAUGAAAUGGGGAGAAUUCGAGCCUAAGCCAUGGGAGGAAACAGACGUCGACAUCAAAGUCACUCACUGCGGCAUCUGCGGCAGCGAUCUUCACACUCUCCGCAGCGGCUGGGGGCCAACCAACUACCCCUGCUGCGUCGGCCACGAGAUCGUCGGCACCGUCGUCCGCGUCGGCUCCAAGGCUGAGGGCGGCCUGAAGGUGGGCGACCGCGUGGGCGUCGGCGCGCAGAGCGACUCUUGCCAGGGCCGCAAGGGAGACUGCGAGGCGUGCGCUUCUGGGCAGGAGAACUACUGCCAAAAACACUACGUCGGCACCUACAACGGCGUCUACCUCAACGGCGGCAAGUCGUACGGCGGCUACGCCCUCUACAACCGGGCGCCAUCGCGCUUCGUCGUCAAGAUCCCGGACAGCAUCCCCUCGGCCGAGGCCGCCCCCAUGCUGUGCGCCGGCGUCACGACCUACACGCCCCUGAAGCACCACGGUGUCGGCCCCGGGAAGACGGUCGGCAUCGUCGGCCUGGGCGGGCUGGGCCACUUCGGCGUCAUGUGGGCCAAGGCGCUGAAGGCGGACCGGGUCGUGGUGAUCUCGCGGUCGGCCGCUAAGAAGGAGGACGCGCUGAAGAUGGGCGCCGACGACGUCAUCGCCACCGAGGAUGACCCCGACUGGACCAAGAAGCACGCCUCUACCCUCGACGUCAUCCUCUGCACCGUCUCGUCCAGCAAUAUGCCCCUGAUGGACUAUAUGUCUCUGCUGCGGUUCGAUGGCACCUUUGUGCAGGUCGGAGCGCCCGAGGACGGCCUCCCGUCCAUCCAGCAGUUCCCGCUCAUCUUCAAACGGCUCAAGAUCACGGGCUCUCUGAUCGGUUCGCCGAGCGAUCUUCGGGAGAUGCUGCAGCUGGCUGCCCAGCAGAAGGUCAAGCCCUGGAUUCAGGAGUAUCCCAUGAAGGACGCCAACAAGGCACUUGUCGACUUUAACGCCGGCAAGCCGAGGUACAGAUACGUGCUCUGCAACGAGCAGUGAAGGUGCUUCGGGACGGGGACUGUAUGUACUGUGGGGUUACCUGGUUAUAUGGGUAGUCUUGUGUAUACACUAUAGUCAUGUAAUUGAGUAUCACUCUGAA